GGUUAAACGGUGCAGGCAGGUGAGCGGACACCACUGGGGCCUGGCGGUACUAAAGCGAUGUCGCGGACUUAUGACGUCCUCUUUACCCGUUGCCCGAGAGGAGGAAAGGCUUUUUAAGUCGACCAUCCAUCGCGAAUCUACAAUGGCCGAGGAAGGCAUUGCUGCCGGAGGUGUGAUGGAUGUCAACACCGCUCUCCCUGAAGUGCUCAAGACCGCACUUAUCCACGAUGGCCUUGCCCGUGGUAUCCGUGAGGCUGCCAAGGCCUUGGACAAGCGUCAGGCCCAUCUCUGCGUCCUUGCUGCCAACUGCGACGAGCCCAUGUAUGUCAAGCUGGUGGAGGCCCUUUGUGCUGAACAUCAGAUCAACUUGAUCAAGGUUGAUGACAACAAGAAGCUCGGCGAGUGGGUUGGUCUGUGCAAAAUCGACCGUGAGGGCAAACCCCGUAAGGUGGUGGGCUGCAGCUGUGUCGUGGUCAAGGAUUAUGGCAAGGAGUCUCAAGCCAAGGAUGUAAUUGAGGAAUACUUCAAAGCCAAAAAAUAAGAUCAAUAAAUGAUGGAAACUGA